AGUCCUGACCGUCAUCAAAAUGAAAGCACAGUGGCCCGCCUGGCAGCCGCUUAACGUGCGGGCUGCCCCCUCAGCAGAAUUUUCAGUAGACCGGACACGUCACCUCAUGUCCUUCCUGACGAUGUUGGGGCCCAGUCCAGACUGGAAUGUAGGUCUGUCUGCUGAGGACUUGUGUACAAAGGAGUGUGGUUGGGUCCAAAAGGUGGUCCAGGACCUAAUCCCCUGGGAUGCAGGCACUGAUAGUGGGGUGUCAUAUGAGUCUCCUAACAAGCCUAGUGUGCCCCAGGAAAAAAUUCGUCCCUUAACCAGUCUGGAUCAUCCACAAAGCCCUUUUUAUGAUCCUGAGGGGGGUGCUAUUACCCCUGUGGCGAGGGUGAUGGUGGAACGCAUUGCCAGAAAGGGUGAACAGUGCAACAUUGUCCCAGACAAUGUGGAUGACAUUGUAGCAGAUAUUGCCCAGGAGGAGAAAGAGGAAGAUGAUACUCCUGAGACAUGUAUCUACUCAAACUGGUCUCCAUGGUCUGCCUGCAGCUCGGCCACUUGUGAAAAGGGCAAACGAAUGAGGCAGAGGAUGCUGAAGGCACAGUUGGACCUCAGUGUUCCCUGCCCACACACUCAGGAUUUUGAGCCUUGCAUGGGGCCUGGAUGUAGUGAUGAGGAUGCUUCCACUUGUAUGAUGUCAGAGUGGAUAACCUGGUCUCCAUGCAGUGUGUCCUGCGGUGCAGGGACACGUUCCAGGGAGCGUUAUGUUAAACAGUUCCCCGAUGAUGGCUCAAUCUGCACUUUGCCCACAGAGGAGACUGAAAACUGUGUGGUAAAUGAGGAAUGCUCUCCCAGUAGUUGCCUAGUUACAGAAUGGGGUGAAUGGGAUGUCUGCAGUGCCACUUGUGGUCUUGGCAUGAAGAGGAGAGAGCGAAUGGUGAAGAUGCCGCCUGCAGAUGGCUCCAUUUGUGGGGCAGAGGUUCUAGAAGUGGAGAAGUGUAUGAUGCCAGAAUGUCAUACAAUUCCCUGCUUACUGACUCCGUGGUGUGACUGGAGUGAUUGCAGUGUAACUUGUGGGAAGGGUUUGAGGACACGGCAGCGUAUACUCAAGUCGCCUGUGGAACUGGGAGAGUGUACAGAAGAAUUAGAACAGGUUGAGAAGUGCAUGCUACCAGAGUGUCCCAUAGACUGUGUCAUGACAGAGUGGAGCGAGUGGUCAGAGUGUAAUAAGUCCUGUGGGAAAGGUCAUACAAUCCGAACACGCAUGGUGAUGCUUGAGCCUCAGUUUGGCGGAGAUCCUUGUCCCGAAGCGAUCCAGCGGAAAAAGUGCAAAAUCAGAAAGUGCAACCGAGGACAAGGCAACAGUGAUGAGAAGAAACGUCGCAAGGAACAGCGUGAAAAGAGGAGGAGCAAACAGGGCAGAGCUGAAGGCAACUCCGAGCAUCCAGGGUGCAGAAUGAGACCAUGGUCAAGUUGGACAGAAUGUACAAAGAUUUGCGGCGGAGGAAUUCAAGAACGCCUCAUGACAGUAAAGCAGAAGAUUAAGACUGCCCAGCUGUCCAGCUGCAAGGACAGGAAGGAGAUCAGAGCUUGUAAUGUUCACCCCUGCUAGGAAGGAGUAGGGUAGCAGUGGGUGGUGGGGAUGGGAGGAUGGGUGGACUGGGAAGAGUACAGGGCACACUGUUGCACAAUGAUCCAAUGCACUCUGUUUAGGGCUGAAAUGACACAUUCUUGAAUCCGUAUAGGUUAAAUCCAGACAUCAGGUCAGCUGUCGUUAACAGAAGAAAAAAAGUCAAACAUUUCUCUGUAAGUCUGGAUUUAAACUUUAAAGCUGAUUCUUUUGUGCUUUCAAACUAGCUCUGACAUGACUCUUUUGCAACAUUACUGUAAACUUGUUGUGGUAUAUUAUAUCUUGAAAAAUAUAAUUAUGAACUAUAAAUUGUUUUCAUAAAAAGAAGAACUGUUAUAUCUUGUGGUAUCCUUAAGUAGUACAGUAUAUUCCAGACUUUAAAGCACAGGUGCCCAGCCAUUCCAGUGUUUUAUAUGCCUUCAGUUGUUCAGUUGUUUCUAGGGAACAAAAAGCCCAGUUGACUUUAUACCCGGCUAUGUCGUUGUACAUGUAGAUGCACCACAGCUGACAUCUAUAUGGUUUGGAGCAUUAUUAGAAAAUGUAUUAUUUUUUUGCAGUGGAAUUUUUUGAUAAGAAUGUGUCCCAAGAUUCUUACCAAAGUCUUGUGUAGAUGUUUUCUAGGUGUAUUUCCCUCAUUUUGUUUAUCUCUGUUCCUCUAACAUAUUAAUAUUUUGGAAUAAUAUCACCUUUACAAUAAAAGUAAAUGUG